AUGUCUUCACGCCCCCUUAUCGUCACUAUCUUUCUUCGAUGCGAAUUCCUUUUCCGAAAAUCUUUCAUCCACCAGAAACUCGCAAUGUUUUCUGCUUUCAAAACUAGUUAUAUCCCUGAGGUAACAUCACUUAUCAAGAAGCACGGGAUCAACGAUGCGCUCUAUAUCAAGAAUCUCGGAUUUUUUGUCAACAACAAUCUGGAAGAUGUUGGCGACGACGGCUACAUUGCCAUGAGCACUAGCUUACGCAAGAUCGUGUCUGGGUUGAAAGACCCUAUUGGACUCAUAUCAUCCGAGUGUCAAGAAGGAGACUUUCUCGCGGAGCACGCCCAUAAGAUCUUUGAGGCACGGGGACGUACAGGGCCAUACUCCAAAUAUGACCUGGAUUAUAUUUCUUGGACUGUCGAGGUAAUGAUGCGCGAGAAAAAUACUACGAAGACAAUGAUGGCUGAGCUCUGCACGAAACACGGAGAUCUCUUCGACGUGGAGUUUGAGAUGCGUACUGAGGAAGGGAUGAAACGUCUCUUGACUGGAAACGUGGAGCCUCCACGAGAUUACACAGCUGGGGGAGAUAAGCCGCCAGCUCGUGCGAAUGUGGCUGAUCCCCUCUUUAUCCAGGAUGAAGACAUGGACGAAAUGACGGACCCAGAAAUGAUCAGCACGUUGGCUGAAGUAGACAUGGCUAUCUCUCGAAUCACCGAGUGGAAAGAAAGGCUUCAAAUUGAGAAAAAUCGUCUUGACUAUGAUGCAAACACACUAUUUUUCAAGCAGCACUUUGCUAAGGGCAGACUUAAGUCAUUGAUGGAAAAUCGUGAGCAUUUGAAGAGCCUGAAACGAUAG